AUAUAAUAAUAUAAACUUAACACUAAAAGUAAGCCAUUACAUUAUUGCCUAUUAAGGUUUAAAGAUCACUCUUUGUUAUAAGUUACAAAUAGAAUGUCGUUAAAGAAUUGCUGCCGGUUACUUCCUUUUCUUUUAAAACAGACCAGUUCAAAGAGUUUUAUGAAACCAACGUUUUUACAUAACCAAAGACAGCUAUUAGUAAGUACACAUAACCUCACAAAUAACAUACAAGUGAGGUACUUCUUUAAAGAUGCUAACAAAGAUGAUGUAGAAGAAGGUAAAGAACGUGUUUAUUAUGGAAUAUUAACGCCACAGAUAAGAACAGUUAAAUGGUUCUCGUUAACAACUAGUGCCAUAGGUAUAAUUGGUCAACCAUUUUUAAUAAAAUCCUUAGCAGAUGUAUCAAGUAUACCUUUAAUUGUGGCAGCUUAUUCAGUGAUAGGAUUUUUCACAUUUGUCACACCAAUGUUAUUACAUUUUGUCACGAAAAAAUAUGUAGCCCAUAUUGAUUAUAAUCCUGAAAAAGGGACAUAUACAGCAGCAACAGUCAAUUUCUUUUGUAUGCUAAAAGAGACCGAGUUCACACCAGAUGAUGUUAAAGUACCUGAUAUACCAGGCAUGUUUACCACAUUUAUUGCUAAAGGAAAACCUAUGUUUAUGGAUGCCAGGCAUUUUGGCAAUCCUAGUCAUUACGCGAAGAUUAUGGGUUAUGAUAAACCAAUUGAUUUUAAAAUGUAUGAAACCCCUGCUGAAGAUGUUAAAAAGAAAUGAUAAUAGAACUGCAGUUUUUAAAAUGUGUAUAGUUGUAUAGAUUAUGAAUUAAUUAGAUAAUUAUAAUUUGAAUGAAAUAAUUAUAAUUUUAAAGAUUUUAAUUCUUUAUAUAGAUAAAUUCCAUACUAUUUUGCUGGAGUAAAAAUAUUUAAUAUACAGGAUGUCUCAGCAAUACUGUUCAUUAGAAGUUUCUAGGGUUCUGGCCAAAAUAAAAAUUUGACAAUUCA